AUGAACUCAACUUUCACGGAUUUCCAUCUCAUCCAGUUCAACACUUACGACGAUUACCUUGACUCGUAUGUCACGAACGACGAUCUCCGUAACUUGCGCUCUUCAAAAUAUGCACGUCUCGUUGCCGAACUCGGUUACAACGCCACAACCGAAAUGCUCACAAAAGACGAUUUCGAACAAAGAAAAGCUUUUGCCACCGAACUUUUGAAUCCAACACGAAAAGGACAUGAACUUUUCAGUGAUGGCGCUGACUUACGAGACCCACUCUUAAAAGAACUCGCUGAUCGCGAACGUUCAAAUCGCGUCGGAAUGCUUUCAACGAUAAUUUUCUUGCGUCACGUCACAAAACGCGGCGUUGAAAUUUCGGGUUACAUCGAUUUCGAGUGGAGUUUGCGAAUGUCUCGAAGUCGUCAUGAAGAUGCCGUUGAUUGGGGUGCCGUUUUCAAGGGAAAGCGCCAUCUAUGGCCGUCGAAGAAAGAUCUCGGGUACUACAACUGGAAAACGGGCGUUUCAUUGCUGAAUGACACGGAAAAUUACAAAGUCAUCAGUGAUCCGAUGCAAGGCUUGAUUUUUCUGAAUCGUCAUGAUCGAAAGGUUAUUUGCCCGGAUCCAGCUUUGGAAACACCGGGCGUCAACACAACAAGAACUGUCAUUCUGGAUUCGCCACGUUAUAAUCACUGCGUCCUGUAUGAUCACGUACUUCGGAAAAUGGUAUGA